AUGUCUCGACGUGAAUUAUGCAGUUUUCGAUGGGAUGGUACACAAUGGGCAACCAUUACUACAUCCUCUCAUCUUGAAUUCGAAUAUAAAUCAUCAACCGCAAAUCAACAAAAUACGACGUCAACAGUUGAUGGAACUAUUCGUGUGGCAACAUUUAAUAUACUUGCAGAUUGUUUUCCAUGGUUCAUUGAAAUGGUAAUACGUAGUGCUGAAAGGUUCGAAUGGUUAUGUCAUGGUAUCACCAAUCUCAAUCCUACUAUUAUUGGUUUAAAUGAAGUCACUACUACUUCAUUACAGCAGUUACAACAGUGUCAAUUCAUUCGUGAAAACUAUUUUAUCACUGAGUCAUUUGAUGAAAAUAAGCAUGAUGAUACUAAUGAACUCAAAAGUUGCACUAAUGGUCUUCUUUCUACUCAUGGAUGUAUCAUUCUAAGUAAACUACCAUUGAUUGAAGUAUUCGCAAUUUCUGUCUCGGGAAGUACUCGUGAAGCCGUUAUCGGAAAAGUUCAACUUGGUAGUAAUUCAGAAAAUUGUGUCUAUUUUUGUGCUCAUCAUACUACUGCAUAUCAGACACCGAAAAAUGCUCAAUUACGAGCACAACAAAUAUGUGACAUUGUUAAUGUAUUGCAGCCUACUGGCCUUCCAUUUGUCAUUAUGGGUGAUCUCAAUCUUCAUUACGAUUUUGAAGAUGGUGUAGUUGUCGACAAUAAAUUCAUCGAUGCAUGGGCUCAAACACAUUUUUCUCAUAUUCAUCCAUUCAAUGAUGGAAAUCAAGGUUAUACAUUUGAUGCAGUAAAAAAUAAUCUAAUUCCUUAUUAUAUUCCGGGAGAACGUAGACAGAUGCGGCUUGAUAGAAUUCUAUUUUCACAUGGAUUUCCUGCAUUCGUAAUAAUACCUUGUGCUAUAUGGGCAAAUGAACCUAUUAAAUUUGGUAAUUAUCUCUUUCCAAGCGAUCACUUCGGAUUGUUUAUUGACAUUGUUACUGAUGCAAUAGACGAUUGUAAAGAACUUAUGCCAUUGAGCGAACCUGAUCCAUCUGCUGAAGAGAUUCUUUUUCGCAAUGCUAAGAAUAACAAAGAUCAAAAGGCGUAUCGUCCUGGAUUAGUAAGAACUACAAGAGCAUUGGUAUCUCAUAUACUUUGGCUUGGAGCAGUUGUUCUUGGUCUGAAAUAG